AUGGGGCCUGCUGUUUCUGUAGAGUGGCAUUGUCCUCUUCAGAAGAACACCAACACUCAAGAAAGGAAGAUCAAGGGAGCCAGAUCAGGGAAUGGUUCUCAACACUCUGAUCCAGAAAGUCCUCAAAAUGACCACCACAACACAACUCUUCGUCCGAGUUUGACUGAGGCUGAAGACCAGGACCAAUCGGAGCUUACUAGAAAGGCACCUCAAAAUGAAGAUGAGGAAGGGUCAGAGAUCAGAGAAGAGGCAAACAAAGUUUUAGAUAGUUCAGGUGAGUCAAUAUAGUCAGCACACAAUUUGUCAUGCCUUUUGUAGUUUGAAACAAAAUACUAUAACAAGCUGUCAAACACAACAACACAUGAGUGUGUCUAACAAGUCAUUGUUGAUUUCCAGGAACAGAAGAGCAGACUGAACCUGAGCAGUGCCACCAUAUGGGAGUCCAGACGUCAUUUUUAGGACUGCCACCAUAG